GAGAUAGACAUGCAGAGGAUGGAGCUAGGCCCCCCCUAGGUUGCUUAACUUGCUCGUCACUCGUUGGCGGUUCGUCCUGUGUGUGGUGCGUGUGAGUGGAGAACGUAUAGGCGUAGUGUAUGUAAGGAAGAUCUCACUAAACCCUUUUUUUCAACUUCAUCUUGAUCCCUGAUCCCUGCUGAGAAGGCGCUUCUUCCCAGUGGUGGAAGAUCUUUGCGCGAAGUCUCCGAGAAAAAUCCACUCAGGUCGAGCAACUUACUAGAUCAUGGCAGGAGACCAUAUCUAAAUGCCAACACCGAAGACAUUAAAACCGCCGCCCCCUUUUAACCAGACGAAAAAAAAAAAAAAAAAGAUUCGUUCCGGGGCGUUUGAGAUGGGUCGAAUGUCUCGUCGUCACUGAUGGACUCGGAAGUCUCGCAUUCAUUUGCCUGCCGGGUCAAGGACACACUGCCUUCGUCAGCGGGUAGCCUCUGUUUGAAGCGGACAGACAAGACCUCUGCCCUCCAUGCUGGGACAGGAGUUCCGUGUGAUAUCACUCGCUACCUCCGUACCAACAUAUGUUAUUUUUGCGAUUCGGUGGUGAGAUAGCCCGGUCCAAUUGAGUGUGAAUCUCUGCAUGUGGCCGAUCCAUCGUCUUGCAAUCAGUCAAGAAAAAAAAAGAGAGAUCUUCAGGAAGCAAAGCAAAUGGAAGGUCAAAUCUCAUAUUUCCUGUCGGAUAUUUCACGGCCAUGUAGGUACGGAGGAGGAAGAGCGUCUAGGCUUCCCGUUCUGCUUCCCGCUAAACUGCUCCCACCCUUCUGCCUCAUGCUUGCUUUAUCCUGUCAAAACAAAAAUGAAGGUAGGGCACUGUUCGUCCAGAUUGCUCCGAGGAACCAUUGGACAAAAUAUAUACCUGGCCUCCCAUCGAACUCAGCAGGCCUUUUGACCGCGUCAAGAUAGCCAACAGCUACCGGGCCCAGAAUCCUCCUCCCCUUUUUGUCUUUUAGACGGGUGAGUAGUGUCUUUAUUCGUUUCUCUCGCUCAUUUCAGGCCUCUGUAUGUGAAUAUUAUCAGCUCUAUUGUUUUUCAUUUUUAUUUUCAUUUUUUUUUUUUCUUUUCUUUUACUUUCGAUGCUGUCAUUCGAAGCUUGUUUCUUAUUUAGCCUGCCCUUGAAAUAUAGAAAGACGAUAAGAUAUCGAGGACAGGUAGCGAGCCAUUGAAACCAGAGAGAACUUGUGUUUUCAUUAGC